GUUCACUUCUCCCUAUUGAACUAAAUAAUCAAUUACAAUACAAUUUUGACCUUGACAAUCUCUAGCUGAUUCAUCAUCACAUCACUUACUGGUACUGGCACUGGUACAUCCGGACUUACUACAUCUUUAUAAAUCUGUCAAUAUGACUUCGCAGAGUACGUGUGACAUUGAAGAUGAAGUGAGAAAAGCGAUAAAAGAUUUCCGAUUCCGUAAGAGUAAAAAAAAUGCUGCGUUGAUUAUAAAAGUUAAUCGUGAAAAACAAACUGUCUGCUUGGAUCAACUUAUUGAGGAUGUCGAAAUAGAUGAACUGCAAGAAAUAAUACCAAGUCAUGAACCAAGAUAUAUUGUGUACUCAUAUAAAAUGGAGCAUUCAGAUGGUAGGAUAGCCUACCCAAUGUGUUUUAUAUUUUACACACCACGAGAUAUUCAAAUGGAUCUGCAAGUUUUGUACGCAACAAUGAAACUCGUUCUUCAGAAAGAAGUCGAGCUGACAAAAUGUUUCGAAGUGCGAGAACUGGAGGAGCUCACUGAGGAAUGGCUCAAAGAAAAUUUAUCGAAAUAAAGUAAUAAUUAUAUUGGUUAUUUUUUAUAUAUACGAAAAACAUAUUUUGCGACUGCCAAAACUUGUCGAUAUUUAAAAAAGACUUAUAACUCAUCACAUUACAAUUUGUUACAAUGAAAUUUAUUAAUAUUCUUUUUUCUAAACAGUAUUUAAUUGCAACAAUUUUAAAUUAAUGAAUUUAUACUUUUGAUACCAUGUUUUUAAAUUUUAUAAUUAACGCUAAUUAAAUUGAUAUCUAUGUAAAAGAUUUUUGAAAACUAGUCAAUUCGAUAGUUUAAAUUAUAUACCAAAUAUUUAAGAGGUGGCGGUAAUACAUAUUAAUAAAUAAUUGCUUUUGUACAUUUUUUAAUAUUAAUCAUCAUUAAUUAUAAAACGAUUUUUACUUAUCAAGUAAAUAAA